AUGGUUGCGUCACCCGCAGGAGAUGUAAAAACGGUUAAAAAGCUUUUGAGCAAGGAAACUCGAGGAGCCAAUUUAAUUACAGCUUCGUCCGGUACAGUUUUGCAUAUGGAUGCCACAGGCCCUAUGUCAAGUUUGUUAACGGCAGUUAAAGAAACUGUUUGUACGAUGCCUGAACGCGCUUUGGCUGUUGUAGAGGGAAAAGAUCUGAACAGUGAUGCAUUUUAA